CACAGAGCGCGAUGCCGGGGACCGGCGCGCGGGAGGCCCAGGCCUGAGCGGGCUGCACCGUUCCCCUGCCGCGGAAGGGCAGGUGCGCCCGAGCUGGGCAGGUUCCGCCCGCCUACACCAGGUGGGAUCGGCCCCCCGGCUGGUCUCUCGAGGGGGCAGCCGAGCCUGGAACCCGGCCUAGGAGGGAAGGCGGGCCUCGCCACCCCAACGCUAGACGGCGAGGCCCCCUGAGGGUUAGGGGACUCCCCGAUGGGUGGGUGGGUGGGUGGGCGGCCGCCUGGAAUUCCGCCGGCCCCAGGCCUCCGCCCCCAUCUGCCCCAUCCUGUGGAUUAGGCCCGCGCCCCGCCUCGGCCGCCCUCCCGCCAGACAAAGGCAGUAAAGGCAAAGCCUGCGGGCGGUCUUUCAUCGAACGGCGGGCUCCGGCAUUUCAAAGGCCAAGUCGGGAAGGCGCUUGGGGGGGGGGGGGGGGGCGCUCGCCUUCCCCCCAAAUACCUCGGGGUGAGGGUGAGGAGGGUGGAGGCUGGGCCUCUCCUGCCCUUCCCCGAGGGCCCGGGUCUACCAGCGCCCUUCCACGUGCCUUCACACACCUGCAGCCUCCCCGAUGCCCCUGCCUUCCCCUGGCUGCAGCCCCUCGCAGGGACCCCGCCACCAACCCCGCUCUCCAGGUGGUCAGGAUGGAGAAAGCCCGAGGUAGAAGCAGGGAAAACUUGGAAACGUUUAGAAGCACGUGAGGGCCAGUCCUUGUCCGUCCAGCUGGAACCUUCGAUGGCUCCGAGAGGGGCACCACUGGCAGGCUUGGGGAGGGCAGCCGAACAGGCACCCCCAAGGACUCAGGCUGGACCGGGUCUGAGCCAUCGCCUACGCGCCUCCCGAAUUGACUGCAUCACGUCCGCUCGAGCCCGGGAUUCCUCUCCGGCAGAGGGGCCCGAGGACAGUCCCUCGGGGCUAAAGGGCUGGGUCCGGUCGUGGGCGCGGGAAUGGAGGAGGAACUCCGCGGCCCGUGCGGGGGCUGAGGUGGGUGCCUCCCUCCGCGCCCCUCCCUGGCGGCACUUCAGGGGUGCCCAGCUGGAGUUUGCGGCCAGCACGGCGGCCAAGGGGGCGCUUUGGAUAGGAGUUGCAGGCCAGCCCCGGGGCGGAAGGCAAGGGCGAGGCCGGGGUGCAUCCCGCCCCCGGACUGGAGAGCUUUUGGGGGCGCGGCGCAGGCGUCCCUAUAAUCGCCGGCGGCUAUUAAAAAUAAAAACCUCAGCGAGUCGUCAUAGCGACCAGACAACAGCCGCUGCGGGAGGGCGGCAAAAACCGUGCCACCGGCGCCUCUGGGGGAGAUUCGGGGGCACGCCGCGCGUUCCAGCCGGGGCGGGGCUACGACCCCAGCCCCACGGGCCCCGCCCUCCCCCACCCCCGAAAAAACUGGCAGAAAUAGAGCCAGGGGCCCGGCUUCCAAGAAUGCGACGUAGAGAUACAACUGACUUGACCAAGAGGUCAGCAACUUGGAAACGGAGUUUGAAACAGCUGCGAGCCCGCAGUCAUCUUGCGAGUAUUCUGUGCGUGAAGACCCACGGCAAGGGACACUCGGCAGCUUGCAGGCUAGACUGUGUGGUACGGGAGCCACCAGCCACCUGUGGCCGCCGGCGUGUGAACCGUGGCUGCUUCGCCCGGCGAUACGCCAGACACGCAGGGCCUCCGUGGCCGAGAGGGCUUCGUGAGCAGGCAAAGGGUGUGACAUUUCUCAUUGCCAAUGUUUCUAUUAGUUCCAUGUUGAGACGAUAGCGUUUUCGAUGUAUCGCUUAAAUAAAUUAUAUUACUGAAA